UAUUGUCCCUGGAAAUCCAGUACUAGAAGCUUUAUCAGAGUUGUUCUUCAUUUUAAAGGUGGUCAUUGGGAGGAAAUAAAAACUAUCAAGAGGGGAGUAAAAUCAGACACUCCCCUCAAGGACAUGGCUCCAUCUCUUUCAUGGUCUACACCGAGGAAUCUACUACACUGGUGGAAUCACCUUAAAUUCCGACUGCAAAACAGGAAGAGCUGGGAUGAAAUGUUGGAUGAGACAUUUUUGUGUCAGUCUAAAAGAGCAAAUGAAAUCCCUCUGUUUUAUGUAACAAAAGAGAACAAUGUGGGCUGCAUUAGGAAACUUCUAGAUUGUUCUACAACCAAUAUCUUUGAAAGAGGUGCACUAGGUGAGACUGCUAUGCACAUAGCUGUGAUGAAUGAUAAUUUAGAGGCAGCUGUGGCACUAAUGGAAGGAGCACCAGAACUCAUCAAUGAGCCCAUGACCAGUGAACUCUAUCAAGGUAUAACAGCCCUUCAUAUUGCUGUCAUCAACCAAAAUGUGAACAUGGUCAAGGAAUUAAUCCAAAGAGGAGCUGAUGUAAUCACACCCAGAGCCACAGGCAUCUACUUCAGCAAAAGAAAAGGAGGACUUCUUUAUUAUGGUGAGCACAUCUUAGCCUUUGCUAGCUGUAUUGGUAAUGAAGAAAUCAUCUCCAUGUUGUUAAAAGCUGGUGCUAACAUUCGGGCUCAGGACUCCUUUGGAAACACUAUUCUGCACCUUUUGGUUCUGCAGCCUAACAAAAUUAUCGCAUGUCAAGUUAUGGACAUGUUGCUGAACGUGGAUGCUGAGCUGGACAGCACAAUGCCGCUGGACAUGGUGCCAAAUUACAGAGGUCUCACUCCUUUCAAGCUUGCUGCAAAAAAGGGCAAUGUUGUGGCUUUUCAGCACAUGGUGAACCAGAGACGCAUCAUGCAGUGGAGCCUGGGGCCUUUGAGUUCCUACCUCUAUGACCUUACUGAAAUAGAUUCCCGCACAGACGAUGUCUCAGUGCUGGAGCUAAUUGUCUCCAGUCAAAACAGGAAUGUUAGAAAAAUCUUAGAGCUGACUCCCAUCCAGCAGCUCAUCAAUCUCAAGUGGAAUAUUUAUGGGAAAUUCUAUUUAAGGUUGUUGCUGAUGGUGUACCUGCUGUACAUCGGGACUUUCACUUUGUGUUGUAUGCUCCGCCCUCUAAAGGAUAUACCGCAGAACUACACAAAAGCGUCUAAUGACCAAACAGUCAAGAUACAGAAAACUCUCAAGGAGAGUUAUGUGUCUUAUGCAGAUCACCUGAGGCUGGGUGGAGAGAUCAUCAGUGUUGCAGGAGCCAUCAUCAUCCUGCUACUGGAGAUACCAGAUAUCCUAAGACUGGGGGCAAAGAGAUAUUUUGGUCAGACUGCACUUGGAGGCCCUUUUCAUGUCACUCUGGUCACCUAUGCAGUGCUGGUAGUGUUACUAUGUGUACUGAGACUGACUGAGACGCCAGGCGAGACUGGAGUGAUGGCUGCAUGUCUGGUAUUGGGAUGGUGCAACGUGCUAUACUUUGCUCGAGGUUUUGAAAUGCUCGGGCCUUAUGUCAUCGUGAUCCAAAAGAUUAUUUUUGGAGACCUGACCAAGUUCAUGUGGUUGAGUGCCAUUGCCCUCUUAGGAUUCUCCACAGCUAUGUGGACCGUAUACAUGACACAGGCAAGUCUGUCCGUACCCCAACUGCGCUCGUACCCCAUCACACUCUUCACUAUGUUUGAGCUGACUGUGGGUCUUAUCGAUUUGCCUGUGGACCACACCAUCCACACUCACCCCAUUGUGCAUGUGGUCUUCUGCUGCUUCAGUGUGGUGUCCCAUCUCCUCCUCCUCAGCCUCCUCACAGCCAUGAUGAGUGACACGCAGUGGAGGGUUGCACAGGAGCGAGAUGAACUCUGGAGGACCCAGGUGGUAGCCACAACUCUGAUGCUAGAACAUCGGCUUCCACGGUAUUUGUGGCCAAGGCUGGGAACUUGUGGUCUGAACUAUGGCCUGGAAGACCGUUGGUACCUCCGAGUGGAGGACCGCAAUGACCAGUUUAUGCAGAAGAUCCGACGCUAUGUUAAUGUAUUUGCAAAUAAUGACAGCUCGGACAACAAGGAGGAAAGCGAGAGAAGUGCCAAGGGCUGUGACACAGCAGACAUGAAAAGCUUGCAAAAUGACGGUUCAAAUGAAAACAGGAAGUCUGUGCUUUGCUGGAACAUUAUACGCCAGAGCUUUCUCGGUCUAGACCUGGAGAGCGAAGAGCACUUGAAUUCUCUUGAGAUGAAACCGGUUUGA